AUGGCUUCUGUUUGGGUGCUUCUGACGCUGCUGCAGGUCGCAUGGACGUGCUCGCCCCAAAAAGCAGACUACGUGAUGGUCUCGUGUUUCCCCAACGCCAUCAUCGCCAACGUCCCUGAGUGUCCGUACGGCUGGGAGAUCGGACAGCUGUCCCUGGGAGGCGUGUGCUACACGGGCGCGGUCAGCGGCGGAUACUUCCGGUUCAUCAUCCCCGACCUCACGCCCAAGAACCACUCGUACUGCGGCACCAUGGCCGAGUAUCUGCCGGGGAAAGACCCCAAGCACAUCUUCUACAACUCCAUCGUGUCCAACGACACCUCUCUGACGGUGAGGAACCAGCCGGUGAACUACACCUUCAGCUGCAGCUACCGGGCGGCCUACCUGGUCAACAACGCGGUGUUCAGCCAGAGAGUGGCCACAGUUUAUGUGAACAACGGCAGUUUAGGCACUUUUAAAUCGCAGUUGUCUAUGAACGUGUUCACGAACUCCAAGUUCCUGUACGCUAAGGACGCGCCCUACGUCAUCGACACCUCUGAGAUCGGCUCAGAGGUCUUCAUCGGCAUCGAGGCCAAAGGACUCAGUAACAGGUUUAAAGUGGUGAUCGGCAACUGCUGGGCCACGCCCACCCCGUAUUCAACAGACAAGAAGAGGUGGAGCCUCAUUCUGAACAGCUGCUCCUCUGACAACACGGUGACCAUAUUCGAGAACGCCAAGGACAGCCGCUCCAUGUUCAAGUUCAACUCCUUCCGCUUCCAGCGCUUCGAGAAGGUCUCCACGGUGUGGCUGCACUGUGAGAUCACCGUCUGUGACGGCGAGCGGCUCGUCUGCACGCCGAGUCCCUGCUCAUCCAGAACCCUGCGGUCGGAAGCAGAACCCAGUGGGGGGGUUCUUAGCACAGAGUUCCAGAUCAGAGCCCCCCGGGCCGCCAGCAAGGCCCCCACAACAGAGGCCUCCGUCGGCCUGGUGUCGGUGGUGCUGGCCGGUCUGUUCGGUCUGAUGUACGGAUUUCAGAUGGAGGGACUGCAGUAA